AUGCCCAAUUCACCCAUCCCCCUCCCAAAGCCCCGUCGCGUCGUGACUGGCCAUAACAACGAAGGUCUCGCAACCGUUCGACACGACUCAUACCUCAACAUCCAGCCCUACGGCGAUGGUACCAACUUGACUCCCUUCUGGUACACUACCGAACAACCGGCAGAUGUGAGCAGGAGUCAAGACAAAUCCCUCCUGACUCCAAGCGGUCUACCAACUGGUUCGGGCUUUACUGCCUAUGAUCUCCCGCCUCAGUCCGAGGGACUUUUCCAUCGCUCUAUUACUCUCGACUAUGUCAUCGUUGUCAAAGGGAGUGUGGUUCUUGGUCUUGAUGAUGGGUCUAGAGUCACGUUGAAUGAGGGGGAUGUGGUGGUGCAACAGGCGACGAUGCAUAGUUGGAAUAAUGUCUCUACGGAGUGGGCUCGUGUGUAUGGCAUUAUGGUCCCGGCACAGGCUCCUACUAUUAAUGGGAAGGAGUUGGAGACUGUUUGGCCUCUUUAA